AUGUAUGAAGAAAUCGAUCGAAUCUUUGAUGAUGAUAAAACACGUCCCGUAACCUAUAGUGAUAUUGAAAAAAUGGUUUACACUGAAGCUUGUAUUAAAGAAACUCUACGAAUAAUGCCAGUAGUUCCUUUUCUUUAUAAGCGUGCACUUAAAGAUGAUACGGUUGGUGAUCUUAACUGGAAAACAAACCAAGACUUUUUUAUCAAUAUUCACUAUAUUCAUCAUAAUAAAGCAUAUUGGCCUGAUCCAGAAUCAUUUAUUCCUGAGAGAUUUUUAAAUAAUGUACAACCUGAAGAAAAUAGUUAUAUACCAUUUGGUGGAGGGAUUAGGAUAUGUCCUGGACGUCAGAUGGGAAUGAAUGGUGUUAAAACUUUCUUUGCCUUGAUGCUUAGAAAAUAUGAUGUCGAAUUAGUUAAUCCUGAUGAACCGUUAAAAAAGCUUAGUAGUUUAG